AUGAUAAACACAACUUUGUUGUCUUACUUGAUUGCAAGUGAUCCAAAAUUUGUUGAUUCCGAAUGGCUUCAACUUCCAGGCUGCUUCUUGGCACAUCACCAUUUCCUCAUCAUCCUACUCGAUCAUCACUUUCCAUCACAACUGGUUCAGUUGCAACAGCAAGAGCUUUAUGGCACAAGAACAGAAAAGUCCAUAACUGGAACCAUUCUUACGAAUUCAUUCAUGGAGGAUCCACACCUCAUAAACCCAAGAGACGAAAUUUUUUAAUAAAAGCAACUUCUGAACCGUAUGAUACAGAAAGCAUUUGGAUCAAGUCUAUGAAGGAUAUCAUGCAUACUGUCCAAAACUUUACUGUCUCUUAUUAUUUAAUUACUGUGUUAAUGAGCAUAUGUUCGGCAUCGGUCCUUGCAGUGGAAAAUUUAUCAGAUAUAUCUCCAAAGUUUUUUCUUGGCUUAUUCAAGUAUAUCAUUCCUAUCAUUUUCAUGCAUUGGUAUGUAGUUGGCGUAAAUCAAUUAUCUGAUCCUGAAACAGACAAGAUUAACAAGCCAUAUCGUCCUUUGGCAUCUGGAAAAAUUUCAUACAAAACUGGAGUCAUUAUCUCUAUAUCAUGUUUAUUUAUGAGUUUUGGACUUGCGGGAAUAUCAAGAUCAAAGCCAUUGCUUUGGUGUCUCCUGAUCUAUUUUGUGGGAAUGACAGGUUAUUCAAUUAAUUUGCCACUAUUAAGAUGGAAGCAAUCUACAAUUCCUACACUAUUGUCAACUGUACCAGCUAACUUAAUAGCAAAUAUUCUUGCACCUUUUCUUCAUAUCAAGACCUAUGUUCUGGAGAAGACAACUAUAUUUCCAAGAUCAAUAGUCUUUGCCAGUGUGGUCAUGAGCGUUUACUAUUUAGUCAUCAUGUUGUUACUAAAGGAAAUACCUGACCUUGAAGGAGACAAAGUAACAGGUUUACAAACUUUGUCGGUACACUUUGGUCCAAAGCAGGUAUUCUGGUCAUGUGUUGUACUUCUUGAAAUGGCUUAUGGAGUUGCCAUUAUCAUGGGAGCAACAUCUCCCUUCUUAUGGAGUAAAAUUUUCACGGUGAUAGCACAUGGCAUCAUGGCUUUGAUCUUUUGGUAUCGUGCUGAUUCUGUGGAUUUAAAGAACAAAGAUGCUUCCCAAUCCUUUUAUAUGUUUAUCUAUAAGCUUCUUUUUGUGGAGAACAUCCUUAUACUUUUCGUGAGAUGAAGAUGCACAAGUAUUAUUAAUACAAUAAAUAGUGCAAACUUUUCUAUAUGCUAAUAAUCUUGGUUAGGUUGAUUAUAUAUUCAUAUAUAU